UGUCGCGAUGCCUUCAGAAAAUCUACGAUGGGAAACUUUACAAGCUUUAAAAAAUUCACCGAAGGGGAAAAUAAGUUUCGACCCGUACUGGUCGGAACGAGGAGAGCAUAUUCUAGCAGGAUGUAAAGACGUCCUCAGCUUGUCUCCGCACUCUGCCGUCAUUUUGGAGCGUCUCAGCUCGCUGCCUCUGCAGAAAUCGUCCUUUCUGAGCUCCAGCUCCGGAGAUUCCAGCCCCGGUCCGUCGGAGGAGAUCCUGGCUUCUGUUUCCUCCACAGGAUCCAUCUCCGACAUCAACACCAGGAACGUCUCACUUUCUGCAGCCCCGUCUUUAAAGAACCAACUCGAGCAGGACUUCGGCGACGAGACGAAGGAUGAAAAUCCAGAGGAGGAUGUCAGCGAAGUUUCCAGUCCGGCGUUGCUUCCUGCCAUCUCGCUGCUGUCGCCCAAAGCCAUGGAGACGGCCGGACGCAUCAUCCGGUUCGAGGAGGAACAUCGAGAAAAGGCCAAGGUGGCGCUCAGACUGCGACAGGAAGCUCAGGAGAAGCUGGUGGUGUCGGUGGCGAGCGCUGAGUCGGAGCAGCUGAAGCGCUUCGAGGAGCUGAUGGAGCUGAAACAGAGGCAGGAGCUGCAGAGUAUGAAGGACAUGAUGGACCGAGAGACUAAGGAGAGUAUGGGCCGCCAGGAGAAACUGAAGGAGGAACAGCGACACAGAAUGAAGAUCCUGAACCUGCGGCUGCGGGAGGCCGAGCAGCAGCGUCUCCGGGAGGCUGAACAGGAGAAGCAGCGGCAGACGGAGGGCAGGGAGAGGCUUCGCAACCUCAACACCAUCCAGGAGGAGAUCCUGCAGCUCAACCAGCUGCUGGAACCGAACCGGACCACCCAGACCAAGACUGAGCUGCCGGCCGCCAGCAUCAGCUCCUACAGCACCAGGGGGAACCAGCUGUGCUCGCAGGUGUCCGAGGUGGUCCGAAAGACGGCAGAGGGUGAGUUUCCCAGCGUGGACGACAUGACGGUGGCCGAGCGAGCCCUCCACGAGAUGAGGGCGCUGAUCCGGCUGAUGCAGGAGGAGGCGGCGAAGGCGCAGGAGAAGAAGAAGAAGGAGGAGGAGCAGGAGGAGGAGCGGCGGAAGCAGGCAGAGCUUCAGGCGCAGCAGGAAGCGCAGAAGAAGGCGACGCAGGCGGCCAAAGAGAAAGCUCAGAGGAAAGGGCUGCAGAGCAGCGCUGAAGACGCAACGCUGAAGUGGUUCAGAGAGCUGCAGGAGUCGGCUGCUCGCUGCACGCAGUCCUUCGAACAACUCAACAGCCCAAAAGACGCCCAGACGAAGAAGCUGAAGCUGGAGCUCCAGAAAGCUUCCACCAUCCCCGUCAGCCAGAUCGCCAGCAACUCUGGAUCGCAGCUCCGAGAAAUCUUCGACAAGAUCGACAAGCUGCUGUCGGGGCGUCCGGUGGUGUCCGGGGGGAAGUCCAUCUCCACCUCGAUGCAUCCGCAGGGGCUGGACUUCGUCAGCUACAAACUGGCCGAGAAGUUUGUGAAACAAGGGGAGGAGGAGGUGGCGUCGCAUCACGAGGCGGCGUUUCCCAUCGCCGUGGUGGCGUCCGGCGUCUGGGAGCUCCAUCCUCAGGUGGGAGACUUGAUCCUCGCUCACCUGCACAAGAAGUGUCCGUACGCCGUCCCGCAUUACCCCCCGAUGAAGGAGGGCACGUCCGUGGACGAGUAUCAGAGGAUCCUGGGUUACCGCGUGGACGACUCCGGAGUGGAGGGCCAGGACAGCUUCCUGAAGAGGAUGUCUGGGAUGAUCCGUCUGUACGCCGCCGUCAUCCAGCUGAGGUGGCCCUACGGCUCCAAGCAGGCGGCGGCGCCUCACGGUUUGAACCACGGCUGGCGCUGGUUGGCUCAGAUGCUCAACAUGGAGCCGCUGGCCGACAUCACGGCGACGCUGCUGUUCGACUUCCUGGAGGUUUGUGGACACGCGUUGAUGAAACAGUACCAGAUCCAGUUCUGGAAGCUCAUCCUGCUGCUGAAGGACGAGUACUUCCCCAGAAUCGAGGCGGUGACCAGCAGCGGACAGAUGGGCUCCGUCAUCCGGCUCAAACAGUUCCUGGAGACGUCCCUGCAGAGCCGACAGAUCAGCCCGCCCAAAGGCCAGCUGAGCUCCACCUUCUGGAGGUCGUGAUGCAGCAGCAGCAGCAGCCGCAGCCGCCGCCAUGUUGGAUUUUACUGCACGACGCCUGUUAGGACCGAAUAACUUAAUGUGUGAAUUUGGUGGAGAACUGGCGGCUUUGGGACUGAGGAGAAGGAGCGCUGCCGGGAAGAUGGUCUCCACACCGAGGAGGAACACGGCCGCCGUGGAUUCUCUGGUUUUAAUCAAAGAGCUGAACUCUGGACGGACGAAAACGCGCGACUUCCAUCUACAAUGUGACGAUGUUUAUGUGUCUUCAUGAUGAUGCAGGUUGCUGAAGAGCACGUGGCCUCCUGGUUGGUUCACAUAAACGUUUCCUGGUUCCAGAUCGCUGCGUGUUCAGGCUCAUGUGACGUCUCCAAAGAUGGACCGGGAGUUUUAAAAUAGUCUCUGCACCCUUCAUUUAAUCUGUCUGCUACAGUUGAGAAGGGAAUCUGCUGCAUUUUAGUGCUUUUAAAUUUGUGUCUUCAACGUUUUUUUCAGUUUUAUUUCCAUCAUCAUCCUUCAGGAAGCUUCAUUAGUUGUAUUUUCACCACUAGAUCAGAGCUCCAGACUGACUAUUUCCAACUUUUUCAGAAGAAAAUGGCCCAAAAUUUGUUAUAAAAGAGUGGAAAAAAAAAACACAUUCUGUUCACUAAAAUGAAAGUACGUUGUCUUUUCUACAUGAGCAUCUUUAAUGUCGAUUAUGUUCAUUAUAGGAAGCCAAAAUCCUGAUUUAGUAUUUCAGUUUAGCCUGUGUGGUUGAAUGCAGCGCUGCUUCUUCACUGGUUCAAAUCCGGAGUCGGCAUUUCCUGAAUUUCCUCGUUUUGUUUUUUAAAUGAUCAACUGUAGAAGCUUCAUCUGUGGAACACAACAACAGAUCGAUUGAUUAUUUGGCUCAUCAGGGAGAAACGGACCGAAGUUUCAAAACGGAUGAUCUCAAAUGAAACAUGAACUUUUAAUUGGAAUAUUCUCAACAGUUUGUCCUGUCUGGAGCCGACGGGUAGAAACCUUCACAAAAACAAGACGUUCUCCUGUCAGGUUUACUCAAGAUAGAACCGGGUUUCUGUUCUACGUCGGCUGCUUUUCCCGCGAGCGUUUUAAAUGUCAGUAUAAUGUUGAUUUAAUUGUGGAAAGCCUCGAUGAUGACCAAUGUUUUGGUUUAAUUUUGCAGCUUUAGUGUUUUUUCUUCUUCGCUGGUGCUGUAACUUCUCCGUUCUCUGCUCAGUUUGUUUUAGAAAAUUAUCAUCUUAUGGGGAUUUCGUAGCCUGUGCAGGUAGAUAUUCCACAAGAGGGAUGUUUUCCUCUUAGCUCUCCUUCUGUUAGUCUGUUCUCAGUGAUGUACAGGGAGACUGAUGAGCCAGUGAAGAAGGAGAAGUCUGAUUUCCAGCCACAUCAUGAUGCUGCCGCCACCAUGCUUUAGCUCCGUAUCUGUACCGAAACACACUAACAACCAUCGUUCACCUGCACAAAUGCAAUCGUGUGAACCUUUAACUGAAAUAUUAUGAGAGUUUUGCAGUCUGGCGUCCUGUAUUGCAGCGAGGAGUCACCUGUGCAGCUAGAAACUAGUGCAAACACAAAACACUAGCACACGUAAAAACCCAGAUUAUAAGCAGGACGUCCACAUCUGUCCUCCAACAUCUGCUUAUGUGCUGUGUUGGCAUUUAAACCUUCGGCUUUACAUUUUGUGCCUGAAUCUGAAUCUCUUGUGUGUUUUCUGGAGUUGAGAAUCCUCGUGUUCAGAGCUGUUGUACUUUAAUAUUCCUGAGGAGGUGAAGUCGUUUACUCGCUACCGUCUGCGUUUAUUACUACGGAGCCUCGACAGUCAAAUUGAAUGAUUUUGACUUUUUUUUGCUAUUUAUUUUGUCGUGAAUCCACCGUGUGGAGUAAAGAUGAACUCGGCUCAAGAUUAGACACACAAAGUUGUGAAGCUGAUUCUGUGUUAACGUGGUUGGUUUUGCAGCAGAGCAGAGCUGUGGUCUAUGUACACUGAAUAACUGCACAAAUCUAUGAAGCAAAUGUCUGAAAUUAAACCUCAUCAGCUGUUUACUGGA